AUGAACAUGAAUUUGGAUGAUAUAAUAGAAUCAUUUAAGUCGCGGGUCAAUAGGUUGUCACAAGACUGGGACACGCUCGUGUCGACAAGCUUGAGCGCACCGGAAGAAGAGUUGAAGCUCUUGAAAACAAAGCUUGACCUUGUGCAGGAGCAGAACUCCGCGAUUAUUGUGGACCUCGACCAGAUCAAGAAGGUGUUGAACCUCGACGACGACGCGUCCAACAACGUGUUCACGUUGUUGAACACAGCGGGCGACGGCCUUAGCGACGCGGCAACGAGCGCCCUCACUGCUAAUGAAAUGGUAGCUGCGGCAAUUAACGAGCACCAUGGACAGGUACAUCACCACCACCACCACCACCACCAGCCACCGAACACGCCCCAGAGCGAAACUUCGUCAAACUCCAACCACGCAACUGCGGGGUUGGACAUCGCUAGUUUGGCCUUCGAUCACGAUAUCCAGGCGCUAAAGAGACGCAGGACGUCUUCAGACUGCAGCGCAGGUGUUUCAAUUGCUAAGGUAGGAAUCGAGGAGGACGACGAAGACGUUGUUGCGAUGCAGAAGGAGCGCGCCACCCUCGCACACAUGCAACAGCGCCACACACAUAGGCACAUUUCUACCCGCCGUUCAUUGCCUGCGUCACAUCUACAGGAGAUUGAGGACUACGAGUUGCAGAUGAUUGAUUCCCCAAAGGACGUGAAUGAGUUGUACCGUGAAUUUGACACUAGUUUAAAAUUACAGAUUAUGGAAUUUGAAAAAAGGUACGGUAAAGGACAGCUCUCCAGAAUACCAAAAAUCAGGACCUAUCAGAGGAGGCGGGCUUUGGUUAGUGAAAUUGAUAGAUAUGCAAGGUUUACCAAUAAGUCCACGGAGGAGGCAAUACAGUUUUUCGAUGAUAUACGGAUGGAGAAGAACAAGACCGUGGCUUGGUUGUAUAAUAAUUUGGGCAAGAUUUUGGCAGAAUACAAUAUAGUGUGA